UUUCCUCUAAAAUGAAACUCUGUCUGAGAAAGUAUUGGACACUGUCAGAGGAAACGAACUCGCUGGAAGGCAUCGAAGACGCCACCGAAGAUGUCAUUGCAGCUGGAUGCAUUUUGUUUUAUUAUCUAAAGCGUGGCAAACACCUUUUUGGUAACGAUUCUAACUCAAUCUUGAAAAACCUCAAGGAAAAGAAUCCAGUCAAUUUCGAAGAUUUGGGUAAAAAACACUUUGCUUACGAGCCCAUCAAAAAUAUGAUAAAUCCCCCACGAAAAGGAUUCAAUUGGUUACAAGUAGCAAAUGAGGAAUUUAAAGAAGCCCUUUCACUCCAAGUCAACGCCAGCAAACUACUUGGUAGUGGAACUUUUGGACAAGUGUUCGAGGGAAAAUUUAACGGCGAUCCCGUUGCAGUCAAACAAAUGCCAACGACAACAGUUGAAAAAGAAAUUAUUCAAAGAGAAAUGACUACACACAUAGAAUUGAGUCACGUCAACGUGGUGAAACUCUUGGACGUCGCUGAUUCUGCUGACAAUAGCUCCACGCAUCUGGCUUUGGAAUUGUGUGGCGGGACAUUGAUGGAUUAUUGCCGAAAAGAAAUACAGCGGACCGAAAUUGCCGCCAGACGAAUUGGUCCUUUAUCAAAUCGCCAAUGGAUUGCAUUACAUCCACUCGAGAAAUUUGGUGCAUCGCGAUAUUAA